AGGACCAACUCUGGAUGCGCUUUAAUAAUAUCUCACCUACUUCUCACGCAUUUCGGAUUCUCUCUCAAGCUUUUCUGCUGAUAUUUGCUUAAAGGAUGUGUUUGCUGUAAUAUCUCAUCUUUCAUCAGACGCUCUGUUAAAGAGACAUGAGGGAUGUGUAAGGACUCAGUCUGAUGGGAAUCUAGUGACCGAUGAACAGCUUCUCCUCCUGGCUUCAAGCGGACAGCAGGACGACUUUCAGGAGCUGCUGAAGUGUUGACUAUGCCCCGCAGCCCCACAUCCAGUGAGGAUGAGAUGGCACAGAGUUUCUCAGAUUCCUCUCAGGACUCGAGCUCUGAAAGCUCCAGGGAAGAGGCUGUGUAUGAGAGAGUACGAGCAGAACGGCCCGUCAGCCGCAUGAUGGACAUCCAGAGCAACACACUGAUGGUCCAAGUGUUCAUCCCAGACCUGCAGCAGACCAAGUGUCUGCGCUUCGACCCCUGCGCCUCAGUCUGGGCUGCGAAACAGAGGAUCUUGUGCACGCUCAGCCAGAACCUGAAGGAUGUGCUGAACUUCGGCCUCUUCCAGCCGUCCAGCAGUGGUGAUGGAGGAUUCCUGGAGGAGGAGAGUCUGAUGGGAGAUCUUCCAGUGCCUGCUGGAGAGAGUCUACCCAUGCUGGAGUUUCGCUAUAAAACGAGGCUGUACAGUCAGUCCAGUGUGGACGAGAAGCAGAUCGCCAGGCUGCACACUAAGGCCAACCUGAGGAGGUUCAUGGACUGCAUCCUGCAUCGUCAGCUGGAGAAAGUGUCCAGAAUGCUGGAUAAAGGACUGGACCCCAAUUACCAGGACUCUGAGAGCGGAGAGGCUCCGCUGACGUUGGCGGUGCAGAUGGAGAGUAUGGUGGAGUUUAUUAAAGCGCUGAGGAACGGAGGAGCUCAUCUGGACUUCAGGGCUAAAGACGGCAUGACGGCUCUGCAUAAAGCAGCCUGCGCUAAAAACCAGGACGCGCUCAAGACGCUGCUGGAUCUCGGAGCGUCUCCAAACUCUAAGGACAGUCGUGGUCUGACGGCUCUGUACCACACAGUGACGGCCGGUGGAGAGACACACUGCUGUGAGCUGCUGCUGGACGCCAACACUGCUCUCUGCUGCCAGGACGAGAACGGCUGGCAGGAGACACACCAGGCGUGUCGUCAUGGUUACGUCGAGCACCUGGAGCAUCUGCUGUGUUACGGAGCAGACAUGAGCGCGCAGAACGCUUCAGGAAACACACCUCUGCACAUCUGCGCACUCUACAACCAGGAGAAGUGUGCUCAUGUGCUGCUGCUCAGAGGAGCUGAUAAAGACAUGAAGAACUACAGCAGCCAGAGCCCCUUUCAGGUUGCUUUAAUCUCUGGGAAUUUCGAGUUGGCGGAGCUCAUCAAGAACCACAGAGACCCUGAACCAGUUUCCCGGAGCGGCCCACAGCUGUCCUGCAGACUAAAUGAAAAAAAGCCGCAAGUGGCGACAGCAGUGGAUUAUGAGCUCAUCAUCUUCAGCGCAGCAUCAGACGCUCCGCAGACGCUCGCUGGAGCCGCAGCUCAUGCUCGGGGAUGGGAUGUAGCAGAGACGGCCAUGGGUUCUGCCUGCUGCACGGCGGAGAGAGUGGGUCUCUCAGACACCCCGUCAGCCUCCCGUGGUCGCCGGCCCCUGCCCCGCAGCGGUGUGUGUAUGUCCCGGUCUCUACUGCGCUCCAGCAGUGACAUCAAUGUCCCGGAGCGCACCGUGAGCCCAGAGCUGCAGCAGAUGCAGAGAGACGCGGGCGCACGCAUGCGCAUGAUGAUGAUGACCAGCGGACGCAGCGGCAGGAUGAAGAGCAACAGCAGAUCACUGUCCGUCAGCCUGGAGGACGAGCACAGCAGCAGCACCACGCUCAAAUGUCCUAACGGGCGUGUGUGUGUGCCGAGCAGCAGGAGGAAGCUCUACAGCGCCACCUCUGGUCGUCAUGUGCUGCUGGUGCGCUCCUGUCUGCCACACGCUGGAGGAGGAGAGAACAGCAGCCUGCACCGCAACGGCCGGGUCAGAGACAGCCGGGCGGAGCGCAGCGACAGGAAGAAGCUCUUCAGACACUUCACUGUGGGCUCCUACGACAGCAUGGACAACUCCAGUGACUGCACGACGGAGCAGAAGACAGUGGUCCUACAGAAGCAGGACAGCGAGGGGUUCGGGUUCGUGCUGCGAGGAGCUAAAGCUGACACCCCCAUCGAGGAGUUCAUCCCCACUGCUGCGUUCCCAGCGCUGCAGUAUCUGGAGUCUGUGGAUGAGGGUGGUGUGGCCUGGCUGAUGGGGCUGCGCACCGGAGACUUCCUCACUGAGGUCAAUCAUCAGAGUGUGGUGAAGAUGGGUCAUCGGCAGGUGGUGAGCAUGAUCAAACAUGGAGGAAACCGACUGGUCAUUAAAGUGGUGAGAGUGAGCAGGAAUCCGGACGACAAAGACGACAAAACACGGAAGAAAGCGCCUCCUCCACCCAAAAGAGCACCCACCACUGCCCUGACCAUGAGAUCCAAAUCCAUGACCUGUGAGCUAGAAGACCCGGAUAAAGUGGAAGAGGCCGUUCCGCCACAGAAGAUCAUGCAUGAAAAAUCCUCAGCAGACAAAACUGUCUCAAUCAGGUCCCGCCCCUCAAGCCGAUUUUUGGCAUCCAUGGAUUUUAAUCAGUCCGCAUCUGAACGGCCAGGGGUCGCUGUAGUUCCUCCGAAUGUUCCUGGGAGAUCCCAUGGAGGUUAUAUUCGUCUGCCAAAGAGCUCCAUGAGAAGACAGAAGUCCGUCGGAAUCGCAGGAGAAGAGAAGAAGUUCCUGAUACCUCCACUGCUCAAGUUCUCCAGAAGCCUCUCAAUGCCGGACACAUCUGAGGAUAUUCCUCCACCACCUGGCAUCUCUCCUCCAUCCCCACCGUACAAGCUCAGCACGUCUACAGCACAGGGAUACGAGCCCAACCAGUCCAUUUACACUCAGAACUCUGCCGCCAGAUGCCACACCAUAGAAAGAGACCAAGUCGGGUACCAUCGGCAAAACUUUGAGCCGUACGACUGUCAGACUCAUCCAGGCCUCAACAGGGCGCAUGUGCCAGAGAAUCCAUACUCAGACAAACCCCUGUACGUCCCACCAAAACCAGCCCGUAGGAAGGGCAUUCUGGUCAAGCAGCCAAACGUUGAGGAUAGUCCCGAGAAGACUUGUUCAAUAUCAAUACCAACCAUUAUUGUUAAAGAGCCUUCGACUAGCAGUAGUGGCAAAAGCAGCAGAGGAAGCAGCAUGGAAAUCGAGACUACUGGACCCGAGCCUCCAGGACAACUUCGGCCUGAUGGGAGCGUUUCCAACCCUUUUGCAGCUGCUAUUGCUGGGGCAGUGCGUGACCGCGAGAAGCGUCUGGAGGCAAGGAAAAACUCCCCUGCUUUUUUGUCAAUGGAUCUCGGAGAUGAGGAUCCGUUUAUCCCUACUCCCCGCCUACGCCAGUCUAUGUCCAUUGAUGAAGGCAUGUUUGCCAACGAUAAGAGUUUAGAAAACAUCAUGGCUCCACCGGCCUCUUUAAUAGGGAGCUCGCAACUAAGAAAUGAAGGAAACUUGACUGACUUUACCAUCCCAGAACCAAUGACUAAACCUCUGACAACACGCUCCAGGAAGUGUCCUGAUAUAGGUAGUCCCAUCGGCAUCGAUGAUGAUUUCCAACAACAGGUUUCGAGGAAGACUCAUGAUAUUUGUUCACCUCCAGCUCCGGGACAAUCAUCUGGAAAUAAAGCUCUGAAGGAGCCAGUGCUACCGCCUCUUCCUCCACCUAAAGGAGAACCACACAAAGCAAACCUCAACCAACCACUCUUUAUAGACACCAAGCUGCGGUCCAAUAUUGAAACCAACUUUGCCGCUACCACAGCAGUGGGUCAACCAAAAGAUAGUGGGGGUUUAUUUAGACAUUCAAGAGAGUCUAGCCGGCAAACAGUGAAGGUCAGCAAUCCAUCUGAGCAGCUAAAGAACGCUCAUAACACUUCACAGCAGAAGUCAGCAGGACUCCUCAUGGUGCAGUCACUGAAUAAGGCCAAGCCGCAGGGGAACAGUCUGUCUGAUGGAUUCCUGCUAGAAGAGUCCCCAGUUAUGGAUGGAGAACCCAGUGAUUCCAAACUUCCAAACUCCCAAACAACUCCCAUGGAGGAGCCUGGCAAGUUUUCCUCUGGGAUUCCUCUUCCACUUCUGACCUCAGUGGAUAUCGAUGAGGAGUUCGAUGUAGCUGAACCCUUGCCUCCACCUCUGGAGUUUGCCAACAGCCUCGACAUUCCUGAGGACCAGGUAGCUGUGAUUCUCAAGCAGAAGAAGAAUAAUGAAACAAGGGCCGUGCAUCAUUCUCGUGCUUCAAAUUGCAUGACAUCCCACGCCUACCCUCCACCACCUCCAGAGAUGUUUGAGCCGGUCACAGACUCAGGCAUUGAGGAAGCUGACAGCAGAAACAGCGCUGGAGAUCCUCAUUUUGAGGCCAACAGCACAAUCUCCACCGUGUCCAGUAUCUCUACGCUGUCAUCAGAGGGAAUCGAGGAUGCGUGUAUAACCUAUGCAAAUGGGCAGAUUUUUCUGCUGGACCGACCCCCUGUUCCACCAAAGCCAAAAUCUAAACCCAUUAUCAAUAAAAGCAAUGCUUUUUACAGGGACCCUUUGAAACAGGAGAGCAUUGAGUCUAUUGGAGAGCCUCCACCACUCCCACCUCCACCUCUGUGUGGUGUAGCUCAAACUGAGGCUCGUAAAACACUCGCGAAACACCCCCAGGAGCUGCCAAACCCACUCCUACCCAAUGCAGAUCCUAAAGCCAAUGUAAUCAAUGAGCUCAGCUCCAAACUUCAGCACAUGAACAAGGACAGAUUUCCCAAACAGGGAGGAUCUCUCGACCCACCUGCAGUCUCCAGAAGCAUCGGAUCAAGAGAAUGGAUGGCUCAAGAUACCAAACGCAUCCACAAAGUGUCUUCCAGCCCCUUACCCCCUCAGGCGUCUCCUCCUGCUGGAUCUGGACACUCUUCUCUGCCCGGCUCUGCUGCAUCUCCAACAUUGACGGAUGUGUUCAGCCUGCCAUCUCCACCCAUGGGGAACGCAGAGCAGUGUUUCAGCAUCAGCUCCGUCAGCAGCCAGUCUCUGUCCCCGCUCACGCUCUUUCAGGCCGCGGCCGACAAGCCGUUCGCUGAUAAACCCAUCCCGCUCUGGAGCAAACACGACGUGGCUGACUGGCUGGACACCCUCAACCUAGCCGAGCACAAGAAGGCCUUCCUUGAGAAUGACAUUGAGGGCUCGCACCUCCCCAACCUCCAAAAAGAAGACCUCGUAGAUCUGGGGGUAACGCGUGUGGGCCACCGCAUGAACAUCGAGAAGGCUCUCAAACUGCUAAUGGACAGAUAAAGAGGAGAUUCCACUGGGUUUGGACACUGCUUGAUCAGUCUGUUGUUUUCUUCAUCAGUCUCUGCUUCUGCUGUCGGCAGGUUGUGCGAAGAUGUUCUCGGUUUAGUGGUCAGAACUGCACUCUGGAGCAAGUCUAUAAAGGCUGGUUUAUACUCCAGUAUGCCUGGGUGUGCAUGGUAAAUGUGACAUCAUUGCAGUGUUGGUGCAAGUCCACUAUGGGUGCAGAUGCCGUCAUGUUGAGUCUGGUUGUGCCCCCCCCCAAACAAAACAGGCUAAUGUGAAGUCCUUUAGAAAAGAAUAAAAUGUAGUCUUACUUACUCCCAGCGCCGUUUAUAUAGAAGUUGAUGUUUAGACACACCAUGUUGGUGAUCUAAUUUUCACGAGGUGGGUUGUUAGCCCAACGAUCAACCCCCAACCUGGAGGACCAGGACACACACUCAUACAC